UGGAAAAUCGUUAAUAAUCUGGAGCUGUGACUUUGUGGGCAGAUUUCUUUGACAUUAUUUCAAGAGGACAUUGGAAAGUUAAUGUGCUGCCUCUAAAAUGCUUUCGGAGAGGAGCUCUGGGCUUUUGGCUUAUGGUUUCUACCUGUGGACUUUCCAGUUCCUGACAUUUCUAGGAGAGUCUCAUCAGGGUGAGUACCAAAGGAAACUUUACAGAGAUCUCCUUCGGAAUUACAAUCGCCUUGAGCGUCCAGUAGUGAAUGAUUCUGAGCCUUUACUGGUAGAGCUGCAGCUUUCGUUGCUUCAAAUAAUUGAUGUGGAUGAAAAGAAUCAAGUUUUAGUAACAAAUGCAUGGCUUCAGUUUUACUGGAAUGAUGUCUAUUUGACAUGGGAUCAGGCAGAGUUUCCCGGAGUUCAAACCCUUCGUUUUCCAUCAGAUCAGAUAUGGGUCCCAGACAUACUCCUAUAUAACAGUGCAGAUGAAAGAUUUGAUGCAACUUUUCACACUAACGUUUUGGUGAACUUCACAGGAGCCUGUCAAUAUAUUCCACCAGGUAUUUUGAAGAGUACUUGUUACAUUGAUGUUCGGUGGUUUCCUUUUGACGUCCAAAAAUGCAAAUUAAAGUUUGGAUCAUGGACGUACAAUGGCAGGUUGAUAGAUCUCCAGAUGCUAGAGGCUGAUAUUUCAAAUUACAUUUCGAAUGGAGAAUGGGAUCUUGUAGAUGUACCAGGCAAAAGAAAUGAACUGUAUUAUGACUGCUGUAAGGAACCAUACCCUGAUGUUACCUAUACGGUUACAAUGCGGCGACGUACAUUAUACUAUGGCUUAAAUCUUCUAGUACCCUGUGUCCUUAUAUCUGGACUGGCAUUACUUGUGUUCCUUUUACCAGCCGAUUCAGGAGAGAAGAUUUCUCUUGGUAUUACAGUGCUUCUGUCAUUGACUGUGUUCAUGCUGCUGGUAGCAGAGAUCAUGCCUGCAACAUCAGAUUCUGUGCCUCUCAUUGCUCAGUAUUUUGCAAGCAUUAUGGUCAUUGUUGGUCUGUCAGUAGUGGUUACUGUCCUGGUGCUGCAAUUUCACCACCAUGAUCCACAAGCAGGAAAAAUGCCUAGAUGGGUUCGAGUGAUUCUGUUAAACUGGUGUGCCUGGUUUUUAAGGAUGAGAAAACCUGGAGAAAAUAAAAGGCCCAGUCCAUGUAAAUAUAUUUACCCGCACCAUCAUUCUAGCAUUAGCAGCAUCGAGAUGAACGUUGCUACUGGGCACCAUUCUACUAAUGGAAACACAACCUACUGUGGGUACCACACACUUGAGAGUCCAUGUUGUCCGCCUAGCAGUGACUCCAGUGUUACGUCUGGAAGAGUACCUUGCUUGUCUCUAGAAGACGGUGAUCUUAUACAAAAGAAAUCUCUGAAAGAAAGUAUUCCAGAGAUUGCCAAAAUCUUAGAGGAAGUCCAGUAUAUUGCAAGGCGAUUCAGAGAGCAGGACGAAGGGGAGGAAAUAUGCAGUGAGUGGAAGUUUGCUGCUGCUGUCAUAGACCGUUUGUGUCUUGUUGCGUUUUCACUCUUUGCCAUAAUCUGUACGUUCACGAUAUUGAUGUCAGCUCCGAACUUUGUAGAAGCAGUUUCCAAGGAUUUUACUUAGACAAAAAUCCUACUAGUGUUAAAACUCCAGACUUAAAUUAAUGAUCAAUGUUUUUGCCUUUAAUGUCUAUUCAGCUAUAUCAUAGUGAAAAUGAGAAAAAAUAAAGAAUGAAAAAAAACCCCUCUAUACAAACAUUAAAAUGUACCUAAAAUUGAACUUAUUGGGUUUUUUUUAGCUGUCUAUUUUUUUGAAACGGAUACUGUUAAGAAUCAACUACAUCCUCUAUAUGAUAGUAUUAAAAUAUUUCAGUGUUAAAGGAAACAUCUUUUUUCUUCUCUUCAUGACACUCAAUGGAAAAGGUUCAAAUAACAUUACACUAAUGAUAUUAAAUUGAAAAACAUUCUAUGGAAACAUAGUAUAGAAAGUAAGGGAAUGUACAUCAACAUAUCCAUAUAAUGUGUAAACUUAGUCCACAAAAGAAACACAAGCCAGCAUAUAAUGUUUCUUCUGUAAACUGUUACAUGGUGAAAUUAUUGGCAGAAUCUUCUUUUAUCUCUGCCGUUGUAAUGGACUAUAACAAGUCACACCAUUAUAUGUCGCAUAUGGUUGUGUGUCAUUAACGUUUGAUGUGUAUAUAUUAAUAUGGACAUAUUUGGUUACUGUGUUAAUAAAAAUAACAAUGUUGGUGCCAUAAUAUAUUAAUCUAAUAAAUAUUUUAAGCUUGUUUUAAUGCAAA